AUGUCAAAUAACUUAAACAACAACAAUUCAAAUCCACCUAUCGCUCCCGGACCCAAUCAAGUAGGGUAUACAUCCUCGUUGAGAUCACCAGCUUCCCCAGCUUUGAGGGCCCGUCAAGCUUCAAUCGUGGAACUAUUGUCAACUCCUCCACCAAUAGAGCCCUCUGAUGCUUCGAUUGACAACACAUUGAAUCUAUCUAGGACUGCUUCCAAUUUGUCUCGGAAUCCGUCAUCGUCCUCCCAAACUAGCUCGAUGUUUGCGCAGCAGCACCAACAACAGCAGCAUCAACAACUUUCCACACCAGGAGCGGGAUCCUCCAACAGUUCAGGCUUAAUGGACUGGCAGAAUAUUGAAUUGAGUGCAUUGGUGGAAGAAAACAAACUGAUAUUUAUUAACGAGAACAUCUCUGUAGAAGAGGCCUUUGAUACCCUGGUGAAAAAUAACUUAACAUCUUUACCCGUGGAGAAAUAUCGCAAUGAUCUGGAUUGCUUAACGUUUGACUAUGCCGAUCUCAACUCUUACCUGCUAUUAGUGUUGAAUAGGAUUCGCUCAGAGAGAUUAUUAUCGAUUAAUUACGAACCAAGAGAAGAAAUUCCUGACUUGAUUCAAAAGGCUCAAAAAGGUGAACAGGUACCUGUAAAGUUUGUCAUCCAGCUAAUUAACAAGAACCCAUUCAUUAAACUGCACGAGUCAGAAACGCUAUCUACAGUGGUUGAGAUAUUAGGAAAUGGUGUGCACAGAAUUGCCAUCAUGAAUGACACCCAAAUAACAGGAAUUUUAUCCCAGAGAAGAUUAAUCAAAUACUUAUGGGACAAUGCUCGUAAAUUUCAUUCUUUGGAUCCACUACUGGGUGCCAGUCUUGCUCAAUUGAAUAUAGGAAGUACCAAUGUUGUCUCUAUUUACGGUGAUCAAUUGUUGAUAGAGGCUUUAUCCAAGAUGCACGAACUGAUGAUUAGUUCAAUGGCUGUGGUUGAUAAACACCACAAUUUACUAGGUAACAUUUCUGUUACUGACGUCAAACAUGUAUCAAAGUCUUCUCAAUCGCCACUGCUGUACAAGAGCUGUCUACACUUUGUGUCCUACAUUCUGAAUCUCAAAGGUUUAGAAAACGGUAAAGAUUCUUUUCCUAUUUUCCAUGUGACUCCAAACUCCUCAUUAUCGAGGACAAUGGCAAAACUGGUGGCUACAAAGUCACAUCGAUUAUGGAUUGUUAACCCUGUUGGGGUUGAGGACCCGAUAAUUGCCGGAUCUAGUAUUCCUCUAUCUCCUUCAUCAUCUCUCAAUGGUAUUAGCAGCAGCAAUAACAGCAACCUAUCAAUAUUUACUCCAGAAAAAGAUAUGGGUCGUCCGGGAAAGUUGAUUGGAGUGGUUUCUAUCACGGAUAUUCUUUCCCUUUUGGCAAGACGACUGGGAAAAUCCCAUGUUGAUCCCUCUACUGCAAGAAAACAAAGACGCAGAUCUUCUUCAAGUUCAAGCAGGAGUGUCGCUUCAAGAUCCAGUCUGGAGCAGUUCAGAAAGAGUGUUAGCGAUGCUUCCGAUAGGUAG